ACAACCUUUCUGGAUCCUUUUGUUUCCGCCUAGGGUCAAAGACACCCCCCUCCUCCAAAAAGAAGAUAUAAUAAUCCUCUUUAUUUAUUUUUUUAUUUUUAUUACAGCCCUUGCAGAAGAGAAAGAACUUAAGUGGCUAAUAUUUUGCAAAGGAGACGGAGAGAUUGAUACUGCAAUAUAGCUCUCGUCUCUCUCCCUUCUCCCCAAUUAGAUGCUGGUUUUAAUUGCAGAGGGUAUUUCUCUUGUCGUGCUUUCAACCAUCUCCUCUUUCCCACAGGGGAGGGUUUCAUUUGCAAGUUGAUCCUAAGGAUUUCUGUUCCUCUGGCAUUUCCCUCCCCUAAAUGCAUCUUUCUGCUCUUAAGUUUACGGAUGGGGGGCAAUUUUUUCUAGUUCUUACACGAGGAAGGCAAAAAGGACCUUUUUAUUGGGAGAUUGAGACUAAAAGCAAUGAUCGCUCCGAAUCAUUCUAAUGGGCAUUUCAGGGAUUCAAGGAAGGCUGCAUCACCACUGGUAUUAUCCCCAUCCUUAGCGUUUCCCUGUGCCCAUACAUUUAAAAUAUCUGGUGAAAGGAAGGGUGAGACCAUAUGUUGAAGGAGCUGCAUCUCAUUAGGGCAGCAUUAUUUUCAUCUGAUUGGAGAAGAAUGGUGUCUUCAUUCGGAAUCGUGUAUAGUAGGAUAGAGAAUUUAUCGGCUGGUAAGUGUCAAGGUAUUUUUUUUUUUCUUCCACUUUCAGCUUUUUAACCGGGUCUCCUGCUUGGUCCUGGGGGCACAAAAUGCCCUAAUCCAAGGCAGGCUGAGCGUUUCAAUCCUAGGUGCCUCUUCAGCUGUCACUUCCCUUUAGAUCUGCUGAUCGCAUGGGCAUGUGCUUUAGAAAGAUUAAUCAUCUCUAAAUGCUUUAAUCAGCUAAAAUGACUAAUAUGUGGUGUGUAUUUAUCUGAUAAUAUACCGGUUGCAUUAAUUCACCGGGGCGCGUUUGCGAGGGGGAGAUUUCCUUCCCCACCAGGGUCGUUAACCAUUUGCUCCGGUGGAGAUGCUGUGGGGGUUUCUGAGGGGAGCCGUUCUGCCAGCCACGGCUCGCACAUCCCCUGGAACUCGCGUGUGGAACGCAUCGAGCCGGGAGGCAGGGAGGGAAGGAGAUCUCAGGGUGGAGGUCCAAUAACUUUGGGAGUUUGCAUGGAUGAAGGAUGUGGUGCGACACUGGAGAGGAUGUGCCCACACUUGGUGUGUUUCCCCCCCGGGCUGUGAUGGCUCCCGGGCUGAAAUUCCACCCGGGGAUGAGAUGCGGGCAGUCCCCAAGCCUGGCAAGCGUGGAGAGACGCAACACGUUCGGUGUGCUCGUGGUGCCGUGCGGGGCUGCAUGUGCUGUCCUCUUUAUAGGUGGCAUUUACCACGGGGAGGGGAGCCAGGCGGGCUGCUAUCGCGUGAUGGAGCCCUCUAACAUCUCCCAAGUAUAAAUCAGGGUAAGGCUCGCCCAGCCGACACCCCUGGAGUUGGUUGGGAACGUCUGCCCAACAAUUGCUGAACUUUCCAGGAGCCCGACAUGAGUCCAGCAGGUAGGGGCUUAGGGAGAGGAGAAGGGCGGGGCAGAAAUACUGAAAUCUGUGUUUCUCUUUCCGUUGCAGUUUUGUAAACACCAACAAAUGAUGAAACCUUCCACGGCAGAGAGGCUUCAUAAAGGAAGGAUGUUGUGGAUAAUUCUUCUAAGCACAAUUGCUCUAGCAUGGACUACACCUAUUCCCUUGAUAGAGGACUCGGAGGAACUGGAUGAGCCCUGCUUUGAUCCAUGUUACUGUGAAGUGAAGGAGAGCCUUUUCCAUAUACAUUGUGACAACAAGGGAUUUAUAAAUAUUAGUCAGAUAACAGAGUCGUGGUCGAGACCUUUUAAACUUUAUCUGCAGAGGAAUUCCAUGAGGAAAUUGUACACCAACAGUUUUCUUCACUUGAACAAUGCUGUAUCUAUUAACCUUGGGAACAAUGCACUGCAGGACAUUCAGACGGGGGCUUUUAACGGGCUUCGAGUUCUGAAGAGGUUGUAUUUGCACGAAAACAAAUUGGACAUUUUCAGGAACGACACUUUCCUGGGUUUGGAAAGUCUGGAAUAUCUGCAGGCAGAUUACAAUGUCAUUAAACGGAUUGAAAGCGGGGCAUUUCGAAACCUAAGUAAAUUGAGGGUCCUUAUCCUAAAUGACAAUCUUAUCCCCAUGCUUCCCACCAAUUUAUUUAAGUCUGUGUCCUUAACCCACUUGGACUUGCGGGGGAACCGCCUCAAAGUCCUUUCGUACCGCGGGAUGUUGGACCACAUUGGCAGGAGCCUGAUGGAGAUCCAGCUGGAGGAGAACCCGUGGAACUGUACGUGCGAGAUCGUGCAGCUCAAGAGCUGGCUGGAGCGCAUCCCCUACACCGCUCUGGUGGGGGACAUCACCUGCGAGACGCCCUUCCACUUCCACGGGAAGGACCUGCGGGAGAUCAAGAGGAGCAAGCUCUGCCCCAUGCUGUCCGACUCCGAGGUGGAAGCCAGCCUGGGCAUCCCUCAGCUGUCCUCCAGCAAGGAGAACGCGUGGCCUACCAAGCCUUCCUCCAUGCUGUCCUCCUUCCAUUUCACCGCUUCCUCUGUUGAGUACAAAACGUCCAACAAGCAGCCCAAGCCCACCAAGCAGCCCCGGGCGCCCCGGCCUCCCCCGACCCCUCGUGGCCUGUACCCCGGGCCCAACCAACCUCCCGUGGCUGCCUACCAGACCCGGCCCCCCAUCCCCAUCAUCUGCCCCACCGGCUGCUCUUGCAGUUUGCACAUCAACGACCUGGGCCUGACGGUCAACUGCAAGGAGCGCGGAUUCCACAACAUCUCCGAGCUCCUGCCCAGGCCCUUGAACGCCAAGAAGCUGUACCUGAGCGGGAAUUUGAUCCAGAAAAUCUACCGCUCCGAUUUCUGGAAUUUUUCCUCCUUGGAUCUCUUACACCUGGGGAACAACCGGAUCUCCUACGUGCAGGACGGGGCGUUCAUCAACCUGCCGAACCUCAAGAGCCUGUACCUGAACGGGAACGACAUCGAGCGGCUCACCCCGGGCAUGUUCCGGGGCCUGCAGAGUUUGCAUUACCUGUACUUCGAGUACAACCUGAUCAGGGAAAUCCAGCCGGCGGCCUUCAGCCUCAUGCCCAACCUGAAGCUCCUCUUCCUCAACGACAACCUGCUCCGCACGCUGCCCACCGACGCCUUCGCCGGCACCUCCCUGGCGCGCCUCAACCUGCGCAACAACCACUUCUUGGCGCUGCCGGUGGCCGGGGUGCUGGAGCACCUGCACGCCAUCGUGCAGAUCGACCUGAAGCUCAACCCCUGGGACUGCACCUGCGACCUGGUGCCGCUCAAGCAGUGGCUGGAGGCGCUCAGCUCCGUCAGCGUGGUGGGCGAGGUGCUGUGCGCCAGCCCCGAGCCGCUGGCCCGCCGCGACCUGCGCUCGCUGGAGCUGGCCGCGCUGUGCCCCGCCGCCCUGCGCCCCGCCGCCGCCGCCGCCGCCUCGCCGCCCGCCGCCGCCCCGCCGCCGCCCGCCGCCACCGGCGCGGCCGCCUACGAGCUGCCCCCGGCCGCCGCGGCCGCGGCCGUGCCGCUCUCCGUGCUCAUCCUCAGCCUCCUCGUCCUCUUCUUCUCCGCCGUGCUGGUGGCCGCCGGGCUCUUCGCCUUCGUGCUGCGCCGCCGCCGGCGGAAGCUGCCGUUCCGCGGCCCGCGGGCGGAGGCGGCGGACCUGGGCGCGGUGCCGCUGCGCUGCCCGCGCCUCUUCCCCGAGGGCGGCGGCGGCGGGGGCGGCGGCGGCGGCGGCCCCGGGGAGCGCUCCCCGGAGAAGGCGCCCCCGGCGGGCCACGUCUACGACUACAUCCCGCACCCGGUGACCCAGAUGUGCAACAACCCCAUCUACAAGCCGCGCGAGGAGGAAGAGGCGGCGGGCGGCGGCGGCGAGGCGGCCGAGCUGCUGCGGGGCGGCGGCGAGCGCGGCUUCGCCCACCCCGCCGCCCCCGCCGCCGCGCCCGAGCCGGGCAGCAGCUACCGCACCUUGCUGGAGAAGGAGCAGGAGUGGAGCCUGGCCGUGUCCAGCUCGCAGCUCAACACCAUCGUGGCCGUGCACCCCCAGCACCCCGCGGGCGGAGGGCUGGCGGCGGGCGCGCUCGGGGCGGCGGCGGCGGCGGCGGCGGGAGCCCCGCGGGACCGCGACCGCCCGCCGCCCUGCGCCGUGGGCUUCGUGGACUGCCUCUACGGCACCGUGCCCAAGCUGAAGGAACUGCACGUCCACCCCCCCGGCAUGCAAUACCCGGACCUGCAGCAGGACGCCCGGCUGAAGGAGACCCUGCUCUUCGCGGCCGGCAAGGGCUUCCCGGACCACCAAACCCCCACAAGCGAAUACCUCGAGUUAAGGGCCAAACUCCAAACCAAGCCGGAUUACCUCGAAGUCCUGGAGAAGACCACGUACCGGUUCUGACCGCCGCUCCGCCGCCCGCCCGGCCCCGCCGCCCGCGAGCAGAGGAUCCAGCUGUGCCCUCUGCCCCGCCAGAUGUGCGCGCUGCGGGGCAGGGCCCUUCUCAGAUCAGUAAUCGACGAAGUGCCUUCGCAGACUUUUGCCAGCAGAUGUUAAUCAAUCAUUAUUUUUUUAUACUGAAACUGAGACUUUGACUGUGCCAUGUCUAAAGGUGGAAAAGAACAGCAAGGCCAGGUAAGCCCCAGUCCCAGCCAACAGCUGCACACAGGGAAAUGGAAAGGAUGAUCCUGGUGCUCAAUUAUUGGUGCUUUUUGUCUUUUCUGGAUGUUGUCAUUGAUGUCACCAUCACAUUGUAACUUAGGUUAAAAAAUUUGUUUGGAAAUGGUUUCAUGGGUCAUUUGAGUGUAUCAACGGCGAUAGAAAGAUGUCAAAUGUUAUGGUACGAGUGAUAAUGUGAAUUUUGGAAAGCCUGUUGCCUACUGCUGUGCUUAGAGUGUUAUUGGAGAGUGAGAAUCUCAUUUCUUAGGAGCUUCAGUGAGCAUGAGUUAAGCUGUGGCAGCUCCAGAUUUUGUCAGAGACCUUUCCAGACAAAACCACCUUUGAGUGUGGCAGCACAGCUGGUUUUAAGUUAGAGAUAUGUGCGUUUGUCCAAGUUGUUCUCUGAGAACCAUGAAAGGGGGGAAAGGUCUCUCCAAAAUGUGAGGCUGUUCUCCUGAAGCUCUUGGGUGUGCCAGCAGCACUUGAUGAUUUCUGUGCUGCCUCCACUCCCUUCAAGUACCCAUUUCACGUGAAGAUGUCAUGGCUGGGGUUGAGGUUUAACAGAGAUGUUAACAGAGAUGUUCACGUGAAGAGCAGCAAGUAGAAUUUGGCCCUGAGUGUGGGAGUUCCUUGCUCAGCACAUUGCUUUACCACGGGCACAACUCCUGGCAGAGCUCCAGCUGCCCCAGGGUGAACUUGUUCCAGGAUUGCCCUUCUUCCAAAUGCACUUGCUUUUACAACGUGGAUUUAUGGACACUGGGAAAUCAGGCUGCUCUGUGCUGCACGUUCCUAUGUUUUGAGUUUUUCCAAGGCUUGGUUUUCAAUCUGUAGCUGAGGUUCUCAGUGAAUUUAUGUAUGUAUGUAUGUAUGUAUUUAUGUGUACACAAUUAUGUAUUUGUGUCUACAGAAUUAUGUCUUUAUGUUGUACCCAGUACAACACAGUUUUUCUCCAUGGAAGAAAUGCAAAAUGACCCAGGAUGUAGCUCACAACACAGCUCUUUGUACAAAAAUUCCUAUUUUUUAGUUCUGGUGUGAGUGGAAAUACUUUUUUUUCCCCCCAGUUCUUGAAAUAUUUCUGGUUUGAUUGGGCAGUGGAAGAAUUGGAAUGUGCUUGGAACAAACCCUUGAGUGGUAAUGGAGGGGAGGCCCAGUUCUGCUCCCUUGAAGCCAAUGUUGAGACACCACAUUAUGCUCAGUUUUAGUCAACAGACUUGAAUGAAGAGCAAAAUCUGAUCUCAGAAAAUUACAACAUCUAUUAAGUGGAUUCAAGUAUUUUGAGACAAGUACUCCAUGGGACUGUUUCAGAAUAAAAUGAGUAAUGGUAUAGGGAAAAUGGGUUUGCCAUAAAUUCUGUGAUUCUCUGAUUGACCCCACUCACAAAUUAACCAAACAGUCUUUAAGGCUUUUGAUUUUAAAGACAAAUUUGUUUAGCUCCAAUGUCAUCAGUGACCAACUAGCCAAGAAGAUUACUAAUGUAACAAUUGCAAAUUAUUUGGAAAUACUUUAUUAGUAUUAUCUUUUUUCUUUGAGAGCAAGGAUAUGGAGGUCCCCUCCAACCAAGGGCAUUCUGUGUUUCUGUGAUUGACAGGCUCUGACAACUGUGUUUCCUACAAUUCCUUUAAAAUGUCUUUUCCUUGAUCCUUAGGGUUUCCCAGUUGUAAAAUUCUGUCAUUAUCUCAUGUUUGUUCAGGUUGUUGGGGCAGUUUGGCAGAUUUCUAUAGACCAUAGACUGUGCUCAGAGAGCAAAGCACAGAGUUCCCCGGGAGGCUGCUGGGGUGACACCUGUAGGUUAUUUUUGAUCCCUGUGGAAGCAUUUGGAAACACCUCCCUGUUGGUGGCAUUGCCUCUGCUAAAUUGGUCAGUUUUGUGGUGUUAUCAGGAUGGUGUCAGAUGGAUAAUUUUUGUGGGAAAAUGAGAGGAAAAGGCUCAAAGAGCAGAGCUGUAGGAGGGCUCUGUCCCACAUUUGUGCUGGGUGGUCUCUGGAGGGUGGGUGCUGCAUCAAUCCUGAUAUUUUUGAAGGUUAAGGAUGUUGAUCUGGAGUGUGGGGUUAUUCUUAGGCAUUAUUCAGAGGAGUGGACAUGCAAGACUCAGCUGUUGGGUGCCUUAAAAAGAACAGAUACUAACAGAGGGCAGAGCGAAUACAAAAUAUUCCCAACCAAGUCCUACAUCCUAUCCUCAAUCUUUAACGUCCCUUUACUUUUCCUAAUGUCUUUAUUUUCCCACUAGAAUUUUCUAAAUCUCUCAAGAAUAUCCUGUAUAUUCUGUGAAUCCUGAAGAGAUAUUUCAGGUUAGCCAAGGAGUGACUCUCUCUGUACUUGGGGAUUCCAACCAAUGCCACUGCCUGUGGAGGAAUAUCCUGCCCAUGGCACGUGGCACAGCAAUUUGGCUUGUCCUUGGAGCACGGUGCCAGGGAGGGAGGUUCUCUGCACUGAUCAGGUUCUGCAGUAGGGCGUGAAUGAUUCCAAGCAGGAAUUCCUGAAUUGUGGUAAAUCACUUUUGGAAUGGCAAAGAGUUCAUUUGUGCUGCUGCCUCUGGUGGCACUGCCAUCCCUGCUGGUGGUGGUGGCACCCAGCACCAUUCCUGAAGAGGGACUCCUGUGACAGUAACUCUAAAAACCAAAAAACCAAAAAAAAAGCUGAAGAAAGAUUUGGGACUUUUUAUCAUGCAGGGACCUUAUCUGAAUUUAAUCACAUUUCCCAAAUGUUACAGUGGCAUUAAUAUACUGCUUAUGGGGGUUAUAUGCAUUUUUGUCUUGCUUUUUUUGCUUUUCCACAGACAGUAGGUGGAUUACACCUUAAAGAAUUACAGGAAUGUAUUUUUUGGUCAUUUUUUCAGGCUGUACUUGUUUAAGACUAAGUCAGUCCCAACAGUAACUGUCCUAAACUGAGUUUUAUAGAAAGAUACAUAAACCUUUGGGUUUGUACUUGGUCUCUAAAUUAUUUCAUGUGUUUAAAUACGUAUAUAAAAUGUCUGUUAUCUGAAUAACCCUUGAACCAGAGUCCAUCUUUGAACUUUGGAGGCUUUUGCUUUGCAAAUGAAAGUUAAUUAAUGUUGGGUUAAUUAAUGUUUGGGUUUGUGCGGGUUUUUCUGUUCUGUGAUUGCUCAGUUUGAUUUUAUCACUGGUACAACCGGAGAGAGGGAAACAUUGCAGUGUGAAAAUUCUCAUGAUAGGACUUUCAUUCUUGUGCUUCUUUUCUUUGGAGAGUGAGGGAGCUGUGCUCCAAAUGGAGUAGGAAUUGCCACUCAGAGCUGAAAUGUCUUCACUCUGCUGUGUCCUGGGAGUGCCCAGCACUGUCUGACUCAAAGGGAGGUGCCAGAAAUCCCCAUUACUGAGAUUUCAGGGUUGGAUGGGACCAGCCAAGCUGCUCCACCUGUGAUAGCCAGUCCUUGAGUCCGGCACCACUGGAGCCACCAUCCCCAUGUGUGCCUGGGAGCGCUGAGAAAAUCCAUGUUGUGCUGCUUUGGUGAAAAAUGAGCUUUACAAAAAUUAGGCAUUGGUAAUGGAUGCUGCUUAGUUAAGCUUUUCUGUCUUUUUUUAGGGAACACAUCCAGGUUUCUCUGGUGCUGUUAAACUGCCAUGCAAGGGCAGGACUGAUCAGCUGUCCCCAAAGCAUUCCUGGAAUAAAUCUCUACCUAAAUGCAUUCUUUAUAAUCAGAGAGACAUUUCUUGUGGCAUCACUUCUGUUAUGUUUUCUUGCAGUGACCCAAAAACCUGGCUGCUUUGGAAAGUGGAUAGUAUUGGCAAGCAAAGAAAUAUGGCAAGUAAAAAGUCUUUUUUAGAUCCAGUUGAUGUCAGUGUUUUCUUCAACAAAAGGGCAAGUCCCAGCCCUGAGGGGUCCUGAGGAGGAGUCAAGGCACUGAUUAAGGCAGAGAGUAAUUGUUCAGUCCGUGCUUAAUUGUCCCCUUCAGUUUUAAAGCAGUGAAGAAUUGUGGAUGGAUGUAAUUUAUGUAGAUAAAUAUACACAUAUGUGUAUAUAUAUAUAUAUAUAUAUAUAUGUAUGUAUUCCUGCUAGCAGUGGGGGCUGUGACACACUGCAGCCAGGGAGGCUGAUGGAAGGAAUGGCAAUGGCUAAGCUGUGACAAGUGGGAAUUUUGCCAAGGCUGACAGUGAGAACAGCACCUGAAAGUCAAGUGCCUCUCUCUGGCUUCCAGACAGCCAAUAACUACAUGUAACUCUUGCUGCAAACCCUUGUUUUAGAGCAGGUAACAAAUAGCUCCCAGACCUUAUUUUUCCUGCCUUUAGCCCAAGCUCUCACCAGCCUGCAGGCCGCUGGCAUUCCCAGAAUUGCUUUUUUUACCUGUCUGCAUGCACAGAUCCUCCUUGGGCUGAGGACACAGACCCUGAGCCCUCUGUUUGUGCCUGGAGUGGAGACCAAGUGAAAACACAGUUCUCUCUGUUGGGUUUUUCUGUAGAGUGGUGUUUUGCACCUCGAGACUUCCCUCUGCCCCGCCUGGAGCGCCCUCAGCUUGCUGGCAGCCUGGCCGGGUUGGCCGUGGUGGUGUCACAGGCCUUUGCCAACCAGAGCCAACCAGAUCUGUGCAAGCCUUCAGAGCACAAAGCCCUGAUAAGAAGGAUCCCUAACAGGGUGAACCACAAAGCUCAGAGAGCUGCUGCUUUGCUCAGAGUCUGGAGACUUGGGGAAAGAAGUUUUUCUGAUGUCAGUGCUGAGGAAGAUGCCUGGAUGUCCUCAGGGGAGCAGCCGCUCACACAGGAACCCACAGGCUGAAGGCAGCAGGGGAGCGAUGAGCUUUGCAAAUCUCCUCCUCGCAGGAUGAAUUUCAUCUAAAAUGAACCUGAGCUGCUCAAAAGGAGCAACAAACCCACCCUGCCUCUGGAAAGCUGAAUUUUCCAUGCCACUUCAUACUUGGGAAAGGAACAGCAGAUUUUAGGAUGGGAGUCACAAAGCGAGUGGAUACUAGAGAUGGACAACCAAAGAAAAGCUGUGACCCAAAGGCUGCAGUGCCUGGUGUAAAUAAAUCCUCAGAUUCCCACUGAGUUCCCACUGUCCCUCCCAGCACAGCAGUGCUGCUGGCCUUGCUGCUCAGGUGGCACCAGAUCUUUGGUACCUGCUGCCGGAGCUUUCCAAACAGCCAUUAGAAUUGCUUGAAACAAUUCAGAUGAAUCUGCCCAUCUUCUCAGCUCGUGUGAGCUUCAGCCAGCAAAGUUCUUGGGCUGCUUCACUCUGCUGGAGGCAUUUUCCUGCCUUUCACCCGUGGGAAUGGAAAGAAGGCACUGCUGUGGGAUGGCUUUUGGUGGCAGAAGUGUCCCCAGGCCCCUGGCCAGGCUGUUAAUUCACAAGGGGUUUUCAGGCUCCUGUUCAACCUCUGCACGAGCUUCCACACCCACCUAAAGGCUGCUCCUGUCCUUGUGUGCUGGAUAAAAAAAAAUCUCGAAGGAAAUCUCACUUUACCAAAUCCUGCUUGAACCAAAUAAAGAUAUUUCACAGUGUCAAUAAGGAUAAAGCUCUAUCUAACACGUUGUAUUAAUAAAUCAGCAGGUAUUGACCACCAAGGUCUUGUCUGGAGCAUAAGACACAGCUGCCAAUUUUUCCUCUGACAAAAUAUUUUUCUCUUCCUCCCUCUGGAAAUCUUUUUGGUGCAGGCUCAUCCAACUUUGAUGAGAUACAAUUUGUUCUCAAAGCAGCAAAUGGGAAAGGGAUCCUAAGAGAUUUGUGUCUCCAGGAAAGCAAAACAUUCCCGGGAAAAGGCCUCUCCCACCCACUUAUCCUACCUGCAGCUUUGGGGGAUUGUGUUGUACCUAAACACCAAGAUAUUUAAAAUUAAUUAGAGUUUAAUUGGAAUUAAACUUCUGUUCCCAAUUUCCUGUCUCCAUGGGGAAGACAGUGAAAAUUUCUUUUCUCAUAAAAAUAUUCUGAGUAUAAUGUGUGUUAUCCAAUGUCCAGAUCCUCUAUUUAAUGGAACUUUGCAGAUAUACAAAAAAGGGGAAAAAUUGUUACUGGUGUUUCUUUCUAUAGGAAUGGUUUUAAGAAUUAAGUAAAAAUUAAACAAACUAGAAACUGCAUUAUUAACAUCAAAAUAAUUAUUAGCAUACCUAAAUAGUGCACUAUGGUAAUAAAUCACUGACAAAUCUGGAUAGAGAUGUGUCAGGAUUAAGUUCUGAACACUUAAGGCUGUGAUUAAGUUCCUGAAGAUUUUUCAUCCUCAAAAAUUCUCCAUUGAAAAAUGUCUGCUUUUGAUUGGAAAACAAAAUCCUCAGGCUGACUUUUUUUAUGAAUAUUUGGUAUCUGAAAAAAAUGUGACUCUCUGAAUGUAACUUCAAACAAAAACCUUUUCAAUGUUGUUUUCAUCUUAAGAAAAACCCACAUUUUUCAUCUGAAGGAAACUCACUUUUUGAAGCAUAGAGAAGCUUUCUGAAAAUAAUACUAAUUUAGAAGAAGGUAUGUUUUUAACAAAACUUUCUACUCAUAGAAAGAGCAAUUCUUUUUUUUUUUUUUUUCCUCUUUUAUUACCAAACUUCUGUGCUUUGGUUUUUGUCAGUUUUGUCUGCAGGGAAAAAAUGGUACUGUGGAAAAAAAACCCUCUCAAGCAUACAAAGGUUUUAUUUUGGGACUCAAAAAUGUUUUCUAAAAGAUAUUGCACAUCCUAAACUUCAGAAAUUGAUUGUUUUGAGGGCUAAAUAAAUUUUGUAUCCCUGGAAGUGUCCAAGGCCAGGUUGGAUGGAGCUUGGAGCAGCCUGGGACAACAGGUGUCCCUGCCAUGGUAGGGGUGGCACUGGAUGGGCUUUAUGGUCCCUUCCAACCCAAAACAUCCUGACAUUCCCUGCU